CCCGCGCGGGGAGGGCUGGAGGGGCGCUGGGGGACGCCACUGCCGCUGAAGCGGUGGGAGCCUGGACGUCCCUGUCCCCAGCUGAUGAAGUCCGCCAGAUGCACCUGGCGGACUCCUACUCAGCCUUCAAAACCCUUUCCGGGACCUUCUCUUGCGCUUUAGAAAGUUGUUUCCAAGCCUUGGCUGGGUUCGGCCACCUCCCUGGGCUCCCCCAUCCCUGACAGUCCGCCUUGUCUCCCGCACUGGGGGGAGGUCACCCUUAAUCAGGGGAGCUGGAGGCACUGGAAGGCGCGGGGCAGGAGGCCAGGGGGAGAGCUGGGGGCCUCGCUCGGGUGGCUCUGACCUGUCCCGACUCUGCCUUCUGCCCUCAGGACCUGGCUUCUUCUCGCUACUUCUAGAAUCUCUGGCUAAAUUCCUGGGAGCCACAGCUUGAAGAUGACCUCUCCGGGCCAGCCCGAGCCCAAGGGCACCCUCGGAGGAGCUGCGCCUGGCCCGGGAAUUUCUGACCCUGAGAGCCCGCCCACCCUAAGUGGUGCCCAAACCCUGGGCCAGCUCAAGGACCAGCUCCCCAGCUCACUGAAGUCCAGCAGGAUCUUCAAGAACACCACAGGCAGGUGGAAGCCUUCCUCCAGGUGGUGGAGGCCAGCAGCCCCGCCCCGGACGGCCAGCCCGCGGAGGUGGGCCGACUCUCCCCUGGGAAACGCCCUGGCCGGGGCCACCAGGAGGCCCUGGGCCCCAGCUCCCCCCAGCUCCCAGAGGGCGGGAGCCCACAGGAGUCGGACUUCGAAGACGUGGUCACCAGAAGGCAGUCCGACUGGCUGCGGCCGCCCCAGUCCAGCUGGGACGAGGGCGAGAUGCCACCGUGCUGGGACCCGGAGCCCCCGUUCUGGCAGGACGUCCUCACCACGCAGCUUUGGCAGAUCUUUGCCGAUGUCCAGGAGAAGGCGGCUCAGCCCUGCCGCCGAGGUGAGUGUCCUGGGGGCGGCUGGCCGGUGUCCAGGGCCGGCAGAGCCCGCAGCCAUCUCUCUGUCUUCCCCUUUCGUUGUCAUAGUGACCGAGCAGGCUCGGGGCCUGGACAGCAAGGGCCUAGAGUCACCUGACACGGAAACGGCAGCCAGCACUGACCCCAUGGGCAGCGGGCAGGAGGCGCUGGCUGGGGUGCAGGGCGCCUGCCCCUCCAGGUGCGCCAGGUGCGCCGUGCCCUCUCUCUGGCUGGCUCCCGCCCGGGCCAGGUCCCCUCUCAGCUCCCUGGAGGACUGCGGGGAAGAGGCUGCGCUGGCCGGGCUGGCCCAGGAGCCUGCUGCAGGAGCCUAUGCCCUUCUGAAGCUCAUAUCCUGGGACCCCGCGGACUCUGGAGACUCCUGGAGGCGGCCGGACGCCCCGUCCCGGCAGUGCCGGCGCUUCGCGCUCCCACACACGCUGCAGAGGAUGCGCCUGCUGCGCCACGGGGAGCCCGUGCUGGCCCUGGCGGUCAGCAGCUUCACGAGGCACGCGUUCACCUGCAGCAGGGGCGGCAUCAAGGUGUGGAGCCUGGUCGGCCAGGUGGCCGAGGACAGGUUCCCCGACAGCCACCUGCCCGUGCACAAGCAGGCCCCGGACGCCUACCUGUGCACCUGCCUGCUGUCCUCCAACAGCAGGACGCUGCUCACCGGAGGCCACAACCUGGGCAGCGUCUGUGUGUGGGACCUGGCCGCGCCCUCCCUGCACGUGAAGGGGGAGCUGCCCUGUCGAGAGGCCGCCUGCCAGGCCCUGGCCGCCAGAGCGGAUGAGAGCUUGGUCUUCGCAGGCUUCACGGAUGGCUGUGUCAGGAUCUGGGACCUGCGGGCCCCGCACGUGGUCAGGGACGUUUUGGGCCAGCUGAACGGAGCCAAGAGCAUCGUGGUCAAAGACAACGACAUCUGGACGGGGGGUCUGGACGGCCAGCUGUGCAGGUGGGACCUGAGGAUACUGCGGGACCCCACGGUGAUCCUGUUCAAGUCCCAGAUCAUGAGCCUGUCCCUCAGACCCCAGGAGGACUGGCUGCUGCUGGGCCUGGCCAACGGCCAGCACUGGCUACAGCACUGCACCCGCAGCCAGGUGCGCAGGGUGGGCGGCAACGACAGCGCCGUCCUCGGACUCAAGUUCUCCCCCUACGGCCAGUGGUGGGUGAGCGUGGGGAUGGACAACCUGGUCAGUGUCCACAGCAUGCCCACGGGGGCCCUGGUGUUCCAGGUGCCCGAGCCCUCCUCUGUCCUGUGCUGUGACGUGUCUGCUGACAACCGGCUGGUCGUGGUGGGGUCUGGGACCCAGGCCUCGGUGUACCUCGUCACCUACUGAGGGCCUCGCCGUCCCCGGCGCGGGCUCCUGUUCCCAUUUCUGUUCCCGUUUCUGUUCCCCGUGGUGGUGGUGGGGGUGGGGCCGGGCCUGGGGCUCGCAGACUCAGGUCCUCACUGCACAGAAUAAAGCAGCUGGAAAGACGUUCACGUCCUGUCCCCGGGGAGCGAGGGCUCCCACCCUGUGCCCACAGCGUCACCGAGACCUGGGGGAUGUGCGCAGCCCUGUCCAGGCACCGUGGGGGCAGGACUCUGGUCCCUCCUGCGCUGAGCCAGCCCGGCCUCCCAGCCCCAGGAUGGUUUCCAGCUCCUCUGGCAGGUCCCAGGACAUGUCCCAGGAGAUGAGGCUCUCAAACAGGGCCAUCUGCCCCAGGGGAUACUAAUGUCUCCCUGGGGAGUGUGCCUGCCCCGGCCCCAGGGACGGCUGGCCCUGGUGGCACUAGUGCACAAGGGUCCUCCCCGGGCUGGGAGGGGCCUGUCUGGGGUCUGCUCCCUCAGCCCGUGACGUCCCCGUGCCCCGCGAGGUCUCCAGCAGCCCCCAGAGUGCUCCAGUGCCAUCUGCUCCGACCUGUCACCCCUGCUGUCACCUGAUGGGCGCCCAGGAUCCUGGGACUUUGGGAGGCAUAGGCACCCCCAAGCAGUCCCUGUGUGGCUUGUGUCACUGGGGCUUGGCCCCGAUGUGGCACUGUGGGGGGUGGAGCCCUGAGGAGGGGUGCCCACGGGGAAACAGGUCACCGGAGGCUGGGGUGGGGGUCGGAGUGGCUCCCUUUGGACCUCUGAAUUGUUCUCUGGCUCGCCAUCCCGCACGUAAUGCCACCCUCAGGUGUGUGUCCGCCAUGGCCGCCUGUGGUGAGGCGAUACAGCCAAGAGGGCCUCAGAGCCAGCACGCUCCACCUGGACUCCCAUCUCCAAAACGGCCAAAGAAACCUCCUUUCUUUAUAAAUGACCCAACCCCAGCCAUUUUGUUGUUGUAAGAGAAAUGAACUUGCUCUACAUGGGCCUUUGUGGGACACUCAAGAUCCAACGUGUGAAAAGCCUGGUCCCAAGCUGGCCACUGUCGAGAGGUGGUACAGCCUGGCUGGGGCACUGGCCAGCCCUGGAAUCCCAGCAACUGGGGAGGCUGAGACAGAAGGAUUGCAAGUUUGAGGCCCGCCUGGACAACUUAGCUAGGCACUGUCUCAAAAUUAAAGGGCUAAGGGUAUAGUGGGCGAUGACCCAAGUUUCAUCUUCAGCCCCAGGAAAAAAGGUGGGGCGUCACGGGCCUCUUAGGUCAUUGGGUGCGUGCCCUUGAAGGGAACAUUAGGACCCCAGGCUCCUCCUCUUUGCUUUGUGGUCAUCACGAGCUGAGAGGCUUCAACAUGUUCCCGCCACCAUGAUGUGCUGCCCCCACCAAAGGCCAUGGGGCCAGCUGACCACAGACUGGAAUGUGCAGAACAUGAGCCAGAGUAAACCUUUCCUCUCUGA